AUGGCGGGCGAGGAGGCCGCGGCCGCCGCCGGCCCGAGCAGCGAGCAGCUUCUGGCCGACGGGAAAGAGCUCGCGAACGGCGGCUACGACGGCAAGUGCGUAUUCUGCAGGAUCGCCCGCCGGGAGGAGCCGGGAACCGCGCUGCUGCCCUGCCAGUAUGAAGACCUUGUUUGCUUUAGAGAUAUCAGGCCUGGUGCCCCUCACCACUACCUGGUGGUGCCGGUAGAGCACAUGGGAAACUGCAAAACGCUGAAGUCAGAGCAUGUGCCCAUAGUGAAAAGAAUGAUGGAAGUUGGAAAAUCUGUUCUCCAGAAAAAUAAUUUUAGUGACUUGAAUGAUAUAAGAAUGGGUUUUCACUGGCCUCCAUUCUGCUCAAUAUCCCACUUGCAUCUGCAUGUCUUGGCCCCAGCAAGUCAGCUAGGAUUCUUAUCCAGACUGAUUUAUAGGAUCAACUCCUACUGGUUUAUUACAGCUGAGCAACUGAUUGAGCGACUGCAAACUGAAAAUGCUGCCAGCUGAGAGCACUCAUAGCCUUGUGUCAUUAGCCAUUUUAUUCUUUGUCUUUGAACUCUGAUUUAAGGUUGCACAGUUUGUUGCCAAUUAUAUACCAGGAUAAAAAAGGCUUAAUUCCUUAUGAGGAAAUACUGAACAUAGAGCUGUCAACCUAAUUCUCACGUUUGGGUUCUUCAGAAGUCUGCAUAUUUCUCUGACAAUAAGGAAAUGCAUUUUAAUUACAAUUUUAUAUAUGCAUAUACAUAUAUAUGCAUACAUAAUACAUACACAUAUGUAGGCAACUUUUCCCAGUAGAAUGUGGGGUAUAGCAGCAGAAUGCACUCUAAGGAAAGAGGUUUGUAGUGACGGCAUGCACAUGGUACUGAAGGUAAUAUUUGCUUUGGAAUCUAGCUUUUAUUUUAAAGAUGCAUCAUUCUGGAAUUGCAGGGAACAUUUAAAGUCUUUUCAGUUUCUGUCUGUUCUUGUAUGAUAUAUUACCUAUGCCUGGUUAGUAGUAGGUACCUGGUUAAAAGUACACUACUAACUUUUCUGGUGCUAAACCACUUUAAUAUAUUGCCCAUCUUACUUGCAUGGCAGUGACUUAGUAAAUGUUAAUACAGUAUGUGCCAGAGAUGUGAUAGUGCUAAAGCAUAGAGUGUUGUUUACUUGGAUGUGUAAGUGGUUGUAUGUUGGACCUGCGGAUUGUUCCCCUCUCAUGUGCACAAUAUUUUUAAUUAGUUUCUGUAUGUUUACAAAUAUGUGAAGAGUUCAGAAGAAUUGAUUUUAAAGCACUGCUCUUCUGCGUAGUGGUAGAAGAAGUUUAAAAAAAAAACAACCACCCAGAUUUUGAGAUUAUUCUGAUAUUGUUCUCACUGGAAGUCACUUGGAGAUUGCUAAAUGCCUUGGCUAGAUUUGAUUUCUAAAUGAGGUCGCAAAACAAAUGGGUCUUCAUUACAGUGAGUUUGUAGCAGGCUUGCAUAACAGCAGUCUGAUCUGAAUUUGGAGUAGCAGGGGCUCAGCCCAAAAUCAGAACAUGUAGGGAUUGUGUUCUGAAUUGCUUAUGGAAUCUGUUGAACACUUGCCCUCACUGCAUGACUCUUAAUCAGCAACUUUAGCUCUGUUUUUCAAUACCAUGUUAAGGCAGACUGUUUGGAAAGUUUAACUCAGCAGACAUGGAGUGGGUUUUCUUUGUUCACAAACUAUUAUCUCUUGGUGCCUAAUCAACCAAGUGCCCUUGGCUGUUGCACUGAGGUGUGGCUGAGGUGGUGAUGGUCUGCUGCACCUGCAAGGUUCCCUGAGUAUAAUCUUCUCAGUGUUUUCCACUGAUCCAGCACCUGUUGCCUUAGUGGACAGUGUAUUACAGUAGACUAUACAUCAUAAUUCAGAAGGUAGACACUCUUCUCACUAAUGUUUUCUACCCAGAAGAGUUAACGUUAGUCUUUUCUGAAGACCUCAUUCCCAACGUCUUGUUAUUCUUAUUAUUGGGCACUCAUGUAGUUUGUAGUACUCUGUGUUUUUAAUUGGUAAUAUUAGCUGUGAAGAGCGUGAAUUAAAGCCACUGAACUUUGAUCAAUUCUGUGCAAUAGAUUUGGGAGGCUUGAGUGGUCUCCUAACUUCACGAAAUAUCUGAACAUUAAGAUUUUUGAAGAGUUAAUACUAUCUGUGUCCUGAUUUCUAAUUGAUCUAUGUAACUGUACUUAACUGUGGUAUGUAAUAUUUAAAGAACCAACAUGAACUGUUGUCCAAAAGGAUAAAUAAACUGAACAAAUGCUAA